UUGACGUAUGAUGAGUUUUGCAUAGGAUGUAAUGAUGUGGAAAGAAUGGGGUUCUGAGGAAUAUAAGCAUUUUGGAGAGAGAGUAGAGGCUGGUGUUUAUUUCUAAUUUCCAGCCGCUGAAUAAAAAAGACAGAGAGAGAGACAGAGAGAGAGAAGAGAGAGAGUGAUGAGAAAUGAGACGAGGGAAAUGAGCUCGGAGCAGCCGGUUCAACCUCCCACGAACGGCAACUCUCAUGAACGGAAGCUAUCUAACUCUACUAGAUUUUCAGGUCUCUUGGCUUCAAAGGAUCGUGAUUUUCUUCUCUCUCCGAAUGGAAAUCAGGUGAAAGUUUCUGAUCUUGAAGGCAAGGUGACUGCCCUUUACUUCUCAGCAAACUGGUAUCCACCAUGUCGAAAUUUCACCCAAGUCCUUAUUAGUGCAUACGAAGAGCUAAGGAAUAGUGGGUCUGGUUUCGAGAUUGUGUUUGUGUCAUCUGAUGAAGAUUUGGAUGCCUUCAACACCUAUCGUGCAUGCAUGCCAUGGCUGGCAAUUCCAUUUUCUGAUUUGGAGACUAAGAGGGCCUUAAACAGAAAAUUCGACAUUGAAGGUAUUCCUUGCUUGGUUGUUUUGCAACCUGAUGAUGAUAAGGAUGAUGCAAUAUUGCACGAUGGUGUUGAACUCAUUUAUAGGUAUGGGAUAAAAGCUUUCCCGUUUACUAAGGAGAAGUGGGAAUUGCAAAAAGAAGAGCAGGAGAAACAUGAGCGCCAGACCUUAACUAAUUUACUAACAAACCACGAUAGAGAUUAUCUUUUGGGUCAUCCCGCUUCUAAACAGGUACCUGUUGCUUCUUUGGUAGGGAAGACUGUUGGACUUUACUUCUCAGCACAGUGGGGCAUUCCAUGCGCAAAGUUCGCUCCCAAGUUGGUUUCCAUCUACCAGAAGGUCAAGCAAAUGCUUGUCGAAAAGGGGGACGAGGACUUUGAAGUAGUCUUCGUAUCAAGUGAUCGUGACCAAAUAGCUUUUGAAUCCUACUUUGCUACCAUGCCAUGGUUAGCAUUGCCUUUUGGAGACCCAACCAACAAAGAACUUGCCAAGUACUUCGAUGUGCAGGGUAUCCCAUGUUUGGUGAUUAUUGGCCCUGAUGGUAAAACUGUCACCAAACAAGGUAGAAAUCUUAUAAAUUUGUACCAGGAAAAGGCGUACCCUUUCACUGAGGCCAAAUUGGAAUUUCUGUACAAACAAAUGGACGAAGAGGCUAAGAACUUGCCAAGAUCUGAGAUUCAUGCUGGACAUCGCCAUGAGCUCAAUUUGGUAUCAGAAGGCUCUGGAGGAGGCCCUUUCAUAUGCUGUGAUUGUGAUGAGCAGGGGUCUGGUUGGGCUUACCAGUGUCUUGAAUGUGGCUACGAGGUGCACACCAAGUGUGUGAGAGCUGUUGAUCGUGGCUCCCAUAUGGAGAGGUGACUGUAUAUGAGCCUGCUUUUCCAAAUGUUGCUGAUCAGCUCUGCUGGGUUACUAUACUUUUGCCCAGGAGUAUGUAUUAUUGUAUUUCGUUUGUUAAUUUCAGUACAGGGAUUAGCUUCCCUUAGAACAGCAAGCAUAUGCUACGUGGUUUGAUUUGUGAAAUUUAUUCUAGCUAACACUAAGAAUAUUUUCCGGUAUCUUGUGUAUUACAAUUCCUCGCACCCAGUUGAAGUUGUGGGUGAAAAUAAGCUUUAAGUGUUUAAGUGUUAGUACUGUA